AUGGAGGACGAGGAGCUGGAGGAUAAGGAAGAGGAUGCAAGCGAGGCGGAUCCGGCGCCUCCGGCUGCAAACGUUGCCAUGGCCGACGCACUGGCGGAGUUCGAGGUGGCCCAAACGGAGGAGGCGGCGGAGCAGCGGGCCACCCUCGUCUCCAUCAAGUCGGGAGUGGAGGUGGAGGCCUCCACCUCCUCCCUUGCUAGCUGGUUGCACGUACGUGAUGAUUCUGAUUUCCGGCGGAACCGACCGGCCGCGCCGAUCCAGUCGCGUCCUCCCGCACCCGCUGGGUGUUACCCGUCGCCACCAGCGCCUCCCCCACAGCACCCGCAAGGGGGAGGGGGCCGACGCAACCGGCAUGGCGGCGGUCGCCACCGCCUGCAGCAGCAGCAGGCCCAGGACGCCGCGGGGGCGCUGCACUAUCAGCAGGCUCUCCCCGCUGGCCACCCGGCGUUCAUCAGCGCGCCCUUCCAGCCGAUUGGCGCCGGCUACGGCGCCCUCCUUGCGUCGCCGCCUCUCGGUAGUUAUGGCCCGCCCGUCCUGGCGCCGCCCUACGGGGGCCUUCCGCUGCCGCCGGUACCUGUGCCACGGGACCCCACCCUCCUCGCCGCCCAGCACUCUGUGCCGUCGUCGAGUAGCUCUGUCGGUGGAGGCGACUGGUACAUGGACUCAGGUUCCUACGGCUUCGGCCCCUUCAGCGCCGGCCCCUGCGCCUCCUUUAUGGAGCGAUGCGCGGCGGCAGCCCCCGGCGCCCCCCCGGCACGACGCCCUCUGCCGCCACCACCUGGCUUUGUGACUCCCUCCCCCGAGGUCGAGUCCGAGCGGGCCCCCGGGUCCCCGUCUCCCUCAUACGAGGUUGAGCCCGGCACCCCGCCCGCCCACCCUGCGACGGGCUCGACGUCACCCUCGCUCGUCGCCUCUUCCGCCGCCGGCUCGGCCGACGCUGCUGCCGCCGCGGCCCCCGCCGCCGCCGCAGCGGCCGCCGCAGCGGCCCCCCCAGCCGCACCGGGUGCCCCCGCCGCCGCGGCCCUGCUGCCCCGCCACUUGGCGUGA